GUCUUUUACCAACUGAAGUAAUCAAAAACAGUUCCCUUAUCUAUUACCUCCUUGCCGGAAUAUGAAGUAAUAAAUAAAAAUCACCUCUUAUUGAGGUAAUUUGAACUAUAUCUGAUUAUUUUUAUUACAAUUUACCUUAAGAUGCAUACAUUUCACGUCACACCACUUUACCGACGGGAAAUUUUGCAUGCUGAGAUGAUGGUAACUUUUCGAUUUUUUGCUACCUGUUAGUAGCACUGGUUCCAAUAUGUCUGCCUGCAGUGCAUUUGCUGUCAAAGUCAAAUUCACGUAAACAUUUAAUUUCAUCAAUUUUAAUAUUAACAGUACAUACAAUGUAAUCAAGUAAAAAUAAAUAAAAAUGGCUCAAGGAGUAUUGAGCUCGGAUAUCUCCCGAAGAAACCCACAAGACGAUUACGAAUUAAUUCAGCGAAUAGGAAGUGGAACUUAUGGGGAUGUCUAUAAGGCAAAAAGACUGUCUACUAACGAUUUUGCUGCAAUAAAAGUGAUAAAACUAGAACCAGGUGAUGAUUUUGGAAUUAUACAGCAAGAGAUUCUUAUGAUGAGAGACUGUUUACAUCCCAACAUUAUAGCAUAUUAUGGUAGUUAUUUACGUAGGGACAAAUUAUGGAUUUGUAUGGAAUACUGCGGAGGUGGAUCCCUCCAAGAUAUAUACCAUAUUACGGGUCCAUUAGCUGAAAAUCAAAUAGCUUAUAUGUGCCGAGAAACACUGUUAGGUUUACAAUAUCUUCACAACAAGGGUAAAAUGCAUCGAGAUAUUAAAGGAGCAAAUAUUCUAUUGACUGAAUGUGGGGAUGUAAAACUGGCAGAUUUCGGCGUUUCUGCUCAAAUUACAGCUACAAUAAAUAAAAGGAAAUCAUUUAUUGGAACACCCUAUUGGAUGGCACCAGAGGUUGCAGCUGUUGAACGUAAAGGGGGCUACAAUCAGCUUUGUGAUAUCUGGGCGAUUGGUAUUACAGCGAUAGAAUUAGCAGAAUUACAACCUCCAAUGUUUGAUCUACAUCCAAUGAGAGCAUUAUUUUUAAUGUCGAAAAGUGGAUUCAAACCACCUACAUUGAAAGACAAAGAAAAAUGGAGCGCUACUUUUCAAAGUUUUGUAAAAGUAGCAUUAACCAAAAAUCCAAAGAAAAGACCAACUGCAGAAAAAUUAUUACAGCAUGCAUUCUUCCAAGGUGACAUGCACCGAAGACUGGCCUUAGAGUUACUACAAAAAGCUAACAAUCCUUCACAUAUGUUUACUGAUCUUGAGCCAGACGAAGAUGGGGCUGUACAGAACGUUCCACAAAGGAUUGCGUCACGACUGACCUCCAGACCAAAACCUCAAAAUGCCGUGCUUUCCAAUUCUGAUAUGGAUCGUAUAGAUGAGGCUAACAAUACCUUACAGAGAUCAGAUAUUCCUACUGUGAUAGUCGAAGAGAAACAACCUCAGUGGGACUUGAUGGAUCUCAUGAACAAUGUGACUAGUGUACACAACUGUGUAGAGCAUCAGAAUCAAAAAUGCGGUAUCGGAAAUGCAUUCGACUCGCUCAAUAGGGAAAAUUUUAGUCAAGAGAGAAAAGCCAUGACAGGAUCGCAGCUUUUGAAAAUGUCAUUGAGGAGUCUAUUGCAGUACAUUGACGAAGAAUUAAUGUUGAGGGGAGCCUACAAUUAUCACCAGUCCGACUAUGAACAGCUAGCAACUCUACCAGUACAAGAUCCCGAAAACUCAGUAAAAUGCGAUAUUCAUGCCUCACCUUCUAAUCAUUCUAAAGAACCACCGUUCAAUGGUUCACCUAGACGACAUUCCUCAGUAGACGAAAUUUUCGGUUUGGUCACGUCCAUGAACUUGACAGGUCAAAGACAAAGGUCGUUGAGUGAUAGCAGUAGAACAGGAAGGACAAAUAGGGAUAGUAAUAGGGAGGUUAAUGGUACCGAAGAAGAUACUAACCACGAAGGUGGCGCUAAUGAUUUGGUUACCUGCCCUCCUGUACCUCCAAGAAAACAUCGAAGGCGGCAUACGCCUCCUAGACCUCCUAGUAAUGGCCUCCCCCCAACGCCGAAAGUACAUAUGGGGGCAUGUUUCUCUAAAGUAUUUAAUGGAUGUCCAUUAAGGAUCCAUUGUACGGUAUCUUGGAUCCAUCCUGAAACUAGAGAUCAGCACAUACUUAUUGGCGCCGAGGAGGGUAUAUAUAACCUCAAUUUAAACGAACUUCACGAAACUUGUAUCGAUCAGUUAUAUAAUAGGAGGACAGUUUGGAUGUAUGUCAUAAAAGACGUUCUCAUGACAUUAUCAGGAAAAACACCGCAGCUAUAUAGACACGACCUUUUGGCACUUCAAAACAAACAGUCCCACAGAUUUAGUUUACAUAUGAAUAGGAUACCAGAACGACUGGUACCUAGAAAAUUUGCUCUUACUACUAGAGUACCUGAUACAAGAGGAACCCUUAAAUGUUGCGUCGCUCGUAAUCCUUACAAUGGUUAUAAAUAUUUAUGUGGUGCUACUACCAGUGGAAUUUAUUUAAUGCAGUGGUACGAUCCGCUCAAUAAAUUCAUGCUGUUGAAGCUUGUGGAAUGCGUUCUUCCCAAUCCAUUACACGUAUUCGAAAUGAUCAUAACUCCGGAAUUAGAAUAUCCCAUAGUAUGUGUUUCAAUAAAACAAGCUUACCAACCUAAUAGAUUCAAAUUGGAUUUGAUAAAUAUGAAUUCUGGUGCUAAUUGGUUCCAUUCAGACGAACUUCAAGACAUGGACGGUACAGCGACGGUAAUUCCCCGAAGGGAAAAUUUGGAAAUAGUGAAUGUCACUCAAUUAGACAAAGACUCGAUUUUAGUAUGUUACGAUAAUGUUAUUAGGAUAGUGAACGUACAAGGAAAGAUGAAAGUUAAUAAAAAACAAAUCGCCGAAUUAAGAUUCGGAUUUAAAAUUGAAAGUAUAAUAUGUCUUCCGGAUAGCGUGUUAGCGUUUCAUAAACAUGGUAUGCAAGGUAGAUCAUUGAAAAAUGGAGAAAUUACUCAAGAAAUUACGGAUACUGCAAGAACAUAUAAACUUUUGGGAUCAGACAAGGUUGUAAUGUUGGAAAGCAAUUUAUUAAGAACUGGUACACUAACAAAUGAAGAAGGACACGACUUGUACAUCUUAGCAGGACACGAAGCCAGUUAUUAAUACAAAUAUAGCUCACCGUAAUAAAAGGAGGUUUCUGCUUCGCUUAUCAAGUUUAGACUAAUCAAAAAAAAACUUAACUUAUUAUUAGAUUAGUGACUAGUUAAGUCGGAAAAGAAUACAGAAAUCGUGAUGUUUUAUUAGAAAAAUAAUUAAUCGGAUGAAGGAGUUUAAUCUGCUAGGGAUCUUCUCUCUUAAGCAUAUAUAUACCUCAAUUUUACUUCUCUUGUUAGAGAAAGUAGAAUAAAUGUGUGGUAUUCGAAGAUUUUUGAAUACCAUUAAUAAUUUUAGAAAGAGUACCUACAAUUGAAUUAUAUAAUUAUAUUUUCGUGAUUGAAAUUGAAAUAUAUUCUAUUGGAAAUUUAAAAAAUAAAGAGUAAUUUUUCACCAUAGAGAUUUAGGAGUUUUGUAGGAGAGUUUUUUCAUUUAUUAAAACAUUUUACUGAAAAUUCAUUUCACCUACUGUACAACUUAACAUUUCCAUCUGUAAAAAAGUUUACGCAUCAAUCCAGACUCAAUAAAAUACCUUUUAGUGAGUUUUCAAACUAUAACAACUCUUUUUGUUUAUCAAUAUUAUGUGUUACUCCUUAUGGUCCAUUCCUCUUUCGUUUUAUUUGGCUAACUAAAAUAUUGAUUACAAAUUAGAGAACAGAGAAUUAAUAUUCUACAUAACACGAGUUACUUCUUUGAGUUUUUUCAAUAUAAAUUUCCAUUAUUUUUUUUAGAUAGUUUAAAAGAUGUAUACAUAUCUGAGAAAGCUACUAAUGAGAUUGAUUUUCAGUAAAAAAGAAAUUAUUUUCAUGAUAAACUAAUGAAUAAUUUAAAAAAAACUUUAUUUCUAAAUCCAUUGUUGAUUUGUUUCUAUUUUGAAUUGGAUUUUUUUAGUUUUAAGAGCUUAUUUCCUGCUUGCAACAGGGUAAUCUUAAAAGAACAGUCUUGUAGUUCUUAGGAGUCAUCGCAAAGAAGUUUAAUGUGAGGAAUAUCAGGUAGUUGAGCUGAUUUAUAAUAAUAUACCGGAUUCCUUGAAAAAAUUACCAAUAACCUUAUUGGUUGACAAGAGAAACCAAUAACACUGAUAGUUUUGAUUUGACUUGUUUUUUAUAUUUAUUAACUGAAAACUUGAGUAUUUGGUUAUUGAAUUGCAUUCCAGUCACAUAAAACAAAAUUGAAAACCGUUGAAUUUUGAAGAAAGGGACCAAAUAUGAGCUAAACCUACUUACCUUCAGCGAAGCUUUUCUGCUCAGUGGAAUUUUUCAAAAAUGAUUUGAUUUUGUGACAAACUCUGUUAAUUUGAUGAUUAACUACACCGAAGAAAUGGAUGUUUUGUUUAAAUGUGCUUGAAAUUCUUUAUUUCAAUUUAUUUUAAACUCAUAAAUACUCAUAUAUAUAAAAAAUUUAUUUGAAUAUGAAAUCUGUAUUGUACAUAUUAAGUUUUUUGUAAAUAGAUUACCCUGUUUUCAAAUAAAGCUACUGCUAAUUUACAAUUUGUCAUUUAAGUGCUGAAUGUACAUGUUUUUCAAAACUGGAAAAUCAAUGUUAAAAAAGCUUCCUAAUUAGAAAAAGGAAAUUGUCAACUAUAAUACUGACCACAUUUUUUACUAUCACUGCAGUAAAAUUCAUAAUUACAUUGAAUGGUGUUUCAAGCUUUCCAUCAAUCGAUGUUUCGUAUCCCAGACGAUGUAGCUGGGGCCCAAAACAAUGUGUGAAUAUCAUCAAUGGUUCCAAAAAUUCCAACUUAAUGGGAUAUAGUGUAUAACUUCAUUUUAUAUGAGGUUAUCAAAUUUAGACAUUAAAAAUGUGGAUUGGUGGUACUAGUGAAACAGAAAAAUUAACAUAUUAUCCAACUGAAUUUUUUGAUGAAAUAACAGUUUUGAAAAUCAUCGACAUUAUAUUUUAGCGAUGACAAAGAUAAUACUCUGCUAGAUUUCUGUAUUUUUCUGUAUAGUUAACAGCGUUUUCGGCUGUGGUUUUAUUAUCUUAUUGCGUAAUUAUUAACACGUUAUCUUGUACAUAUUGUAAAGUCUAAAAAUAGUAAAACAUACCAAAAAGUAAUUUAUUAUAGGUUGAUGGACUUUUUUUAAUUGUGAACAUGGCAGUACAAUCUUGAAACGAAAGUAUAUCCUCGAUUAUAAAUAUAAAUUUUUAGCAGCUAGUAUUAGAGAUUGUAUAUCACCGAAAACUGUUUUUGGUAUCUUUUAAUCGCCUUUUAAUUCCAUGAUUCUAAUGAAUCUGUGCUGGUUCCAAAGAAGAGUAUCUUUGCUCCUAUAGAUUUCUUGUCCGAAACAUUUUUUGUUUAUAUUUGGGCUUUCUAGAACUCGGGAAACUGAAAUUUCCACAUACUUCCCACAAAAUCUACACACGUUUCCAGAAUAACUAGGAAUUAAAAUGAAGAAACUUUUUGGUGAAUGAUAUGGGAGAUCAAUUUAGGAUGAUUCAUUUCAGAAAAAACAGAGCUCCGCUAAAACGGCAUUUUUUAACAAUAAAAAUCUUUAAUUAAGUACCUGUACA